AUGCACUGGAGCACCAUCGUCCUUGGAUUCAUUGGCAUUGCCAGUGCCCAAACACUCAACAUCCCCUCUCGCGUGGGCAGCAUCGUCUCUCUGCCAUCUCCCAGUGUGAUCAAGGGCAGCGUUGAUCUUGGAAACCGGGAGUACGACCGUGGUCGGGCUUGCGACAACGAUGAUGACAACGGCUCUGACAGUGCCGUGUUCAUCUUGGAGGAUGGAGCAUCCCUGAGCAACGUGAUCAUUGGAAAGGACCAGCUCGAGGGUGUCCACUGCAAGGGAUCUUGCACUCUCACCAAUGUCUGGUUCCGUGAUGUCUGCGAGGAUGCCAUUUCCAUCCUCGGAUCCGGAAACGCCCUUAUCAAGGGCGGAGGUGCCCAAGAGGCCAAAGACAAGGUGGUUCAGCACAACGGAAAGGGAACCGUCACCAUCGACGGAUUCACUGUUGUGAACGCCGGAAAGCUGUACCGCUCGUGCGGAAACUGCAGCAACAACAAGAGCAAGAGCCCCCGCAAGGUUGUGGUCAAGAACGUCAAGGCUAAGAACGUGUCCACCUUGAUCGGAAUCAACUCCAACUACGGUGACACUUCGAGUGUGAGCAACACCUGUGGAUCCAGCGUUAAGCACGUCUGCCAGGAGUUUGAGGGAGUUGAGAAGUCGGCUGGUAAGGAGAGCCCCAAGCUCACCUCGACUGCGUCGUGCAAGGGACAGUCUUCGCUUUCUUCUUGCUAA